AUGGGAGGAAUUCCGAAACCAGAUGUAGUUCGUUCCCACACGAUCUUUAGUUCCGUACUCUUAGAAGAUCUGGUCAGAGAAAUGAAGAGGUUUUGCGACACCGAAAAUUUCGGGACAGAAUUCCAGUCUCCAGGAAUGUCCGAAGAAGAUCAACGGGCCAUCUCCACACUCAGCGAUCAGACCAGAAAGCUUGAAGUUGGCUACAAAGUGCCAAUACCUUGGCGUAAAAAUGAACCAGAUCUCACCUGUAAUCGACAAAUGGUGGAAGAUCGUUUCCGGAACCUUACGAAACGAUUUGAACGAGACCCAGCUUUCGAGAAAGAUUACAGAGCAGCAAUGAAGAAAACCCUAGACAAAGGUUAUGCCUCCCGACUGACGGAUGCAGAAGCAAAAGAAGCGCGAUAUUUUCUAUCGCACCACGGUGUCUAUAAAGGACCGAAGCUACGAGUAGUUUUUGAUGCAGCGGCCUCGUACAAAGGAAAAUGCUGGAAUGACGCCAUCAUAAGUGGUCCAGCGCUUCAACCAUCACUGCCAGCAGUACUGAUUAGUUUCCAACCCGCAUCUACCGACACCAUUGUUUGCCGAAUGGACCGUUUACCUUUUGGAGCCACCUGCAGUCCAUUCGUAGCGAUUCAAACGACUCGCAGAGCGGCGACGGAGGCAAACGCGCCAAAGGAAAUAGUAGAUGCUAUUAAGAAGAAAAUGUACGUGAAUGAUUAUUUGGGAUCAGCACCCACUGCUGCCAUCGGGCUCCAAGAAGCCAUCGCGGUAAAAGAUGUUUUAGCCUCGGCCGACCUUCACCUGCAAGGAUGGAGAUCCAACUCUAAAGAAUUUAUUGAAGAAAUCCGUAAGAAUAUGAAGCCCGCAAACUCCCCGACUCCCUCUCUAAUAUCGGAAGAAGAAAACGGCAAAGUUCUCGGAGUGGCGUGGAAUUCAAAAACCGACACUUUAGGAUUUCAGGUGAGCGAGCUAGAAAACUUGGAAUAUACCCGCAUGACCAUUGCCAGCAAGGUAGCGAGCGUUUUUGACCCGCUCGGCACGGCAGCUCCACUCAUCGUGAAAGCUAAAGUCCGGCUACGAGAACUUGGGACGAGAGGAUUAAAAUGGUCCGAAAGAAUUUCAGAGUCAGACCAAAGUUGGUGGGAAGAAUGGUUUGCGACCGCACAACCGCUUUCGGAUUUCAGUUUCAGUCGGUGUUUGUUCCCAAAUGAAUCAGAAAUCGAAGAAUUUCAACUACAUGCGUUCGGCGAUGCUUCCGAAGAAGCUUAUGCAGCCGUCAUAUUCCUAUGCCAUUAA